UGCCGUAAUCGACUCACGCACGUGAAAGUGUGGUGGAAUCGAUUCCGCAGGUGGCGCGUGUGUGAGCAGUCAGCCCCGGGGUCGUCUCGGCACCCCCCCCAUCACCACCACCACCACCGCGGUGUCCGUGUCGCCACCUCGCGUCUCUUCUCUCAGUGUGCUGCCCCCCCCCACCCCGCUUGACAUGGAGGGAGUCCCCCGCAGGCGCCAGGCGAGGAGGGAGCACGCCGAGGCGGUGGGGAACGGCAGCUGUCCCCCGGGUGGGGAUAGCGGGCGAGUCGGGGGUGCCCACGGGGCUGUCGGCUCGUCGGCCUCCCGGUGCCGCCGCUCGACGGAGUCCGAGGUCUACGACGAUGGCACCAACACAUUCUUCUGGAGAGCACACACUCUCACCGUGCUGUUCGUUCUCAUCUGCACGCUGGUCUAUGUCACCCUCAUAGAGGAGACCCCGCAAGACACAAACUACAACACCAAACGGGGCAUCAUAGCCAGUAUACUGGUGUUCCUUUGCUUUGGGGUGACACAAACAAAGGAUGGACCCUUCACUCGACCUCAUCCAGCGUACUGGAGAUUCUGGCUCUGUGUCAGCGUCGUCUAUGAACUUGGUCUCAUCUUCAUCCUCUUCCAGUCGGUGAAUGACGGCCGACAGUUCAUGAAGUUUAUUGACCCACGGCUGGGAGUGCCUCUGCCAGAGCGGGAUUAUGGUGGAAACUGCCUCAUGUACGACCCAGAUAAUGAAGAAGAUCCCUGGCAUAACAUCUGGGAUAAGUUGGAUGGCUUUGUACCUGCUCAUUUCAUCGGCUGGUGCUUCAAGACGGUGAUGAUCCGCGACUGGUGGAUGUGCAUGAUCGUGAGCGUCAUGUUCGAGUUCCUGGAGUACUCCCUGGAGCACCAGCUGCCCAACUUCAGCGAGUGCUGGUGGGACCACUGGAUCAUGGAUGUGAUUCUGUGCAAUGGGCUGGGCAUCUACUGCGGGAUGAAGAUUUUGGAGUGGCUGUCCAUGAAGACAUACUCUUGGCAGGGGCUCUGGUGCAUUCCGACCUACAAGGGUAAAAUCAAGCGCAUGGCGUUUCAGUUCACGCCAUACAGCUGGGUUCGUUUCGAGUGGAAGCCGGCCUCGAGCCUGCAGCGCUGGCUUGCCGUGUGCGGCCUCAUCUUCAUGUUCCUUCUCGCCGAACUCAACACGUUCUACCUCAAGUUCGUGCUGUGGAUGCCUCCCGAGCACUACCUGGUGCUGCUGCGCCUCAUCUUCUUCGUCAACGUGGGCGGCGUCGCCAUGCGCGAGGUCUAUGACUUCAUGGAUGAUCCGAGAUUCAACAAGAAGCUGGGCCAGCAGGCGUGGCUGGUAGCUGCCAUCAUCGUCACCGAGUUCCUCAUCGUGCUUAAGUACGACACGGUCACAAUCCUGAAGCCACUGCCCUUCUACGUGUCGCAGCUGUGGGUGUGCGGCCUCCUCGGCAUCCUCGCCUGGACUGUAUGGCGCUUCUUCAUCAGGGACGUGAAAAUGAAAUGCCGGGAGAUCCGGGCGCAGCACGAGGAGACUCUGAGGAAGCAGGAACGAGGGGAGCUCAACGCCAGCGACACCGCGAGGAGCAAUGCCGCUUCCCUUUCCGUCGACUUCUCCCAAGCGGAGCGCCGGGCGGCCAGCGCUAUGCAGACGGCCACCGCCACGACCACCACAGUCAGCCGGCGGCGGAAAUAGAACACUGGCACAGAAACGUAGCUUCCUGCGUGGCUGGGCCCCAGCUCUGCUCUCUCCGUGGAGCUCCUUGUAUGAGCAGCUUUUUUGAGAAAUUGCCCAGAAACAACAAGAAAUUAAAAUUGGUCUUCCCCCAAAUACUGUUGCGGUUUUACGAAUCGGGAACGCGAGUUUGUGAACCGCCACGUGUGGCCGUGAUCGUUGGUGAGCACUGUCGUGACUGCACGUGCGCUACUGGCGGCCUUGUGUACGUGAAGCUUGCGAUUGCAUUGCCCGGUAGCGUUCGCUGUUUCCUGCCGCCGAGGGCUACGAGCUCAGGAAUGAGCACUAGUUUUGUUGAAGCCAUGGCAGGUUGCCACGGCUCACGUUUUCUUUCGCCACUCGCCCCACACGAUGGUUGCGAGCGUGACCUGGUCGGGUGGACUUAGCUGUUGGCCUCGCUACAGGUGCCCUCAGAGAAAACGUACACAAAGUAUUCGCGUUGUUAUCGAGUCACAGAGCAAAAUUAACGGUUUGCUGUAAGCCUUUAACGGUCACUGAUCAAGUUAAUUUUAUUACAGCACGUGAUUGUUGAUUAUGAAUGUCGAUGUUAGCCGUGUGCUUGGUAUAGUUUUAAAUAAUAUUUGGUGCCGUAAUUCAAUAUCGUUUUAGGCCGCAACCUGUGGAUUUGCUUUACCGUUGGUAAUGUACAGCAGUGAUGUGCAGCAGGAACUUUGCCUUAGAGUCAUGUGAUCGUACAGCAGUGUAUUUCCAAUUAACUUGUGCCUCACACUUGGAUAUGGUUAUAUAUCGACAUGUGAGACUUUAACAUUUAAUUCAUGUAUUCACAGUCAAACAGCUGUAAUGGGUUUUCUAUUUCUU